CCCCCAGAGGGCGCGUCCUGGCGGCGGCCACGUUGACAGGGCGGGAGAGGGGCCGCGCCGCGCCGCGGGGAGCAGGGCAGGGAGGCCGGGCGCUGGCCAUAGCUCGUUGUCGGGGUGCGGGUGCCCGGUGAGGGAGCGGGGCCUCUGCCAGAAUAAAAAUGUCUUCGCCUCCCAAAGAGAAAGCAGAGACGCGGGCCGGACACCCUCCUGCUGUGAAAGCUGGUGGAAUGCGGAUUGUGCAGAAACACCCACAUAAUUCUGAUGCCAAAGAAGAAAAAGAUAAGGAUGACCAAGACUGGGAAACCAGCAGCCCGCCUAAACCAACAGUGUUCAUCUCUGGAGUCAUUGCUAGGGGUGAUAAAGACUUCCCUCCAGCUGCAGCUCAGGUGGCUCAUCAGAAACCACAUCCUUCUGUGGAAAAGCUUCCUCACCCACAACAUGUCAAACAGCACAUCCACCAGCCUCGCAAAUGAGCUCCCCAUCACAGUCUCAGCCAAACUGCUGUCAGUGAAAAUGUUUUCAAGAGAAGGUGAAAACCCUUUAGGAUUCACACUGUCAAAUCAGUAAAAUUGAUCUC